AUGAUGACUGGAAAUGGCACCGCGGAACCCAUGAUGACAACAAUCAGCGCUGCGUGGACAUGUGUGCCGAUGCUGAAAGUCACAAAGGACGAAUCCAGACCUUUGGCUAUUCCAGCUACUUUUGCAUUUGCUUCGGCGGCCGGGUGCCGGAGAACCGACUUUGCGGUGACCCCCCGGGAUCCAAGUGCUGCAAGUACCCACGUUAAGGCGGACGAGCGAAGCGGGCAGGUUAGGCUGAGGGUACCAAGAAUCCAGGGUGACUGA